GCAGCAGAUGUUCAGACUCAGAGCGCAACAGGCGCGCGCACAGACUAACACACGUACACGAGAGCGCACGGAAAACUUUGUGUAGAAAUGAAAUGAAGACUUUGUUCCGUAAAAAGAACUUUCUCUCUGAGUUAUCGAAACGUCUUCUGAUCUAACACGUGAAAUUAUACAAUACUGAUCGGGAUCAAGUAGAUUUUACGACCAUGACUACAGAGGGACAGAACCGGACGAGCUCCCGGUGGUGCGCGAGCGCGCUGCUGUCCUGGCUCUUCUGCGCGUGCUGCCUGCUGAUCUCAACGGACUGCUAUAAUUUAGACUUGGAUAACUCGGUGCACUUUGGAGGACCCAAUGCGUCUUUAUUCGGUUACUCAGUUCUGCUCCAUAAGCACCAGCAGAGCGCGUGGUUGAUUGUUGGAGCACCGGGAGCUGAUUCCACGUUUUACUCCAAUGUUCAAAAACCUGGUGCUAUUUACAAGUGCAAUGUUUUGAGUAAGAACUGUGUACAGAUUCAAACUGGUGUAGAGAAGUGUGGGAAAACAUGCCAGGCUGAAAGCGAUAACCAGUGGCUCGGAGUCAGCCUUUCCCGAAGACCAUCCAACGGUGAUGUACUGGCAUGUGGUCAUCGCUGGAAGAACGUCUUUUUCUCGCAAAAAGACAAUCAGAACAAGCUGCCCCAUGGCGUGUGCUUCCAUUUCAGCUCCGAUUUUAGCCGCACAACCCACUACAUCCCCUGCUACAAAGAUCAUCAGAGGAAGUUCGGUGAAGAUUAUGGAUCCUGCCAAGCCGGGAUUUCAAAUUUCCUUACUGAGGAUCUGAUGAUAAUGGGAGCCCCCGGGAGUUCUUACUGGACCGGCUCGGUUCUGGUCUACAACGUGACCAGUAAGGUGUUUGCUGCAUACGUGGACGAUGAUAACAGUGUGCUCUACGGCAGCUACCUCGGUUACUCAGUAAGUGCUGGACACUUUCUUCACCCGAACAGUAUGGAGAUUGUAGGUGGAGCACCCCAGCAUGAGCAGACUGGCAAAGCUUACAUCUUUACAGUGGAAGGCAACACUCUGAAGAUCCUGAAUGAAACCAGCGGAUCUCAACUGGGCUCGUACUAUGGCGCAAGUGUGUGUGCAGUCGACCUGAAUGCUGACGGACUCUCUGAUUUGCUGGUCGGGGCUCCGUUGUUCAGCACUGUGAGAGAGGAGGGUCGUGUUUACGUGUACAUUAACCAAGGCCGGGUGAACAUGAGAGAAGCAGAGUUCAUGCUCCUUGGCAGCGAUUCGUACGCAGCUCGUUUCGGAGCGACCAUCACCGACCUCGGGGACAUCGAUGAUGACGGGUAUUCAGACGUGGCCAUCGGUGCACCACAGGAAGAAGACCUGCGUGGUGCUAUUUAUAUCUACAAUGGGAGAAAGAGUGGUAUAACCUCCAGCUUCUCACAAAGGAUAACGAGCUCGAUCCUCGGCCACAGCCUCAGCAUGUUUGGCCAGUCCAUUUCCGGAGGCAUCGAUGUGGAUGGAAACGGUUACCCAGACGUAGCAGUGGGAGCUUUUCUGUCCGAUGCUGCAAUGCUGAUCCGGACUCGUCCGGUGGUGACGGUGGAGGCGUCCUUGUUUCUGCCGGCCAGCGUGAAUCGAUCGGUUGCCUCUUGCAUCGAAAACGGUCUUCCUGCUGUGUGUGUGGAGGUCAACGUGUGCUUCCUGGUCCAGGGAAAAGCCAUACCUGGACUUAUAGAGCUGAAGUACAACCUCAGUGCAGACAUAAUGCACAAAGAAAAUUUUCCAUCUCGCUUCUACUUCAAUAAUGCACAAGGAACCGGCAUGUCCAACGUCACGACGGGUCACGUCAAUGCCAAACACGGACAGAUGACCUGCAGCAAGCGUGAAGCCUUCAUGAGGAAAGACGUGCGUGAUAUUUUCACACCGCUGCAUUUCGAUGUUCAGUAUGAGCUGGGAGAGCACAAUGUUCAGAGCAGAGCCUCCAGCAGCCUUCCUCCACUCAAAGCCAUUCUACAGCAGAGAGACGGACACACCAACCGAGUCACAAACCAGACUCAGUUUGCCAGAUACUGCGCUUGGGAAAACUGCUCUACAAACCUGCAGGUUUCUGCACAUCUGGUGCUUCCACAGUCUUACAACAACGUGUCGUAUUUUGCACUGGGAAAUGGGAAGACCAUCAUGCUGAACACUACGCUCACCAACGUAGGAGACGACGCCUUUCUGCCCAGACUGCAUGUCCAAUUCCCCAACAGUCUGCACUUUAUCAGAGUGCUGGAUGCAGAGGAGAAACAUGUGGGCUGUGAGAUCAGUGAAGAAGAAAACGCAACCAUCUCUCUGGACUGCAGUGUAGGGAAUCUUUUUAUACCAGCUCUGUCAAAGCUCAACAUCAGCUUUCUACUGGACGUGAACCAGAACAGCAGCGCUGGUGAUCUGAGCAUCAGCAUCAAUGCCAAGAGUGAAAACUAUGAAAACAAGGACCUUCUGCAUGAUAACAUGGCAACCCUGACACUGCCGCUGAGAUACAUUGUGGAUUUCAACGUUCAUGGAUUUGUGUCUCCAUCAUCAUUCAUAUUCGGGGACCCUGAGCUGAUGCCAGUCGACUGCUACAAUCAGAAGCUGAAUUACACAUUUAAGGUGAUGAACCUCGGUCCCAGUAAAGCUCUUGAUGCCAAAGUGGAAAUAGACAUCCCUCAGGUUCUGGUUCCUCAUCCGGAUCGCCUGAUCCGAGUCACAGAUUUACAGACAACUCAAGGUCAGUGCCAUGUGAAGAACAGCAGCUGGCCAUUGAAGGAUGACUGUGACGUUAAGAAACCUCCCUUUUAUAAAGACCUCGUGUUCUUCCUCUCACAAAUCUCCAAGCGUACACUGUUUUGUGCUCGAGCGGAUGGAGCCUGCAUGGUGAUCCAGUGCAACUUCGGCAACCUGGAAAUAGGCAAAGAGGUGACCAUCAAUAUUGAGGUGGAGCUCAACCCUGCUGUUCUUCAGAUCAGUCCCGGGAGACAUGCUGUAAACCAUAUGUAUAGCACCAUUUCGGUCACAUCACCAGUCAUGGACAACAGCACCAUCACCAUGAAUGACAACAACAGUGCUUUUGUGAAGCUCGAAGCACACAACAGCCAGAAGCUCCCACCGACUGUGGAGCAUAUAAUCAUUGGGUUCAGCUUGUUUCUGGGCCUGGCCAUCUUUGGCUUGCUGGUCUUCUUCCUCUGGAAGGCCGGCUUCUUCGAGCGGAAAUUUAAAGAGAAAAAGGACAAGAUUGAGCGUGACAGCUGGGACUACGUCCCCAAGAACGAGAGCUUUUCAUAAAACGUCGAGGGAAACGAAACAGAAAUAAUACGGAUAGAAACAGAACUUGAUGUGGACUUGAUUUUCCAGACUGAGAGCUUGAUGGACGUGGCCGUGCGGUCCGUUAAUACCGCACCAGCGAGACUGAAUUCAGAACCAAACCAAAUGCACUUUUGGCAGAGGGAGAGCUGAACCGCACAUGUGUGAGGUGACGGAGAUUUUUGUUUCACAUGAACAGGACAAGGACGUGGAAUAGGAGCGGACUGACAGCAUUUGAGCCUUCGGUUCACUGAACACGGCUUCCACAGAAAAGUGUCUGCCGUACAACAGAAACCCUGCACCUCUUGAGCAAUGGUUCAGUCCACACACAAUUGUCAGGUGUUCCUCUAGGCAUAAGCAACACAACAAACUUGACUUCAUGCUGAAGAGAAACAUCGUGCUGUCCCUCUCUCACUCUUUGCUCUCAUUUCAUCACUGUGUGAGUUGUUAUGAGUUUGUUUUCUUUUUUUCUUUCAUAUAUGCGUUCUCACCCUUCAUACCCUUCCAGUACUUUCCUUUGUCUCUGUCUGUCUCUUUCUUUCACUCUCUCCGUCUCUGUCUCCUGCUGUUGGGUGUAAUGGUUAAGAGUUUGGAUGGAGACGGUGAGGAGACACCAGAUGGAAGGAGUGAGUGUGUGUUGGCUCACAGCCACUGAAUGAUGAGACUGAUGCGUGCAUGGAACAUUGCCAUCAAAUGAGAGAGAGAGAGAGAGAGAGAGAGAGAGAAAGAAAGAGAGAAUCAAAACAGAGAGUUGAAUGAAUUACACGCUGCAGUAUGUGUCACAUUUUACACAAUGAGUGGCCACUGUAAAUUUUGUGUGUGUGUGUGUGUGUGUGUGUGUGUGUGUGUGUGUGUGUGUUGCUGUUCAGGGAGUCACACGCAGAGGCACAUUCCAUUUCUGUUUCAAAUCACUGUGUUUAUUAUAUGAAUGAAUAGAAUUGUGUAACUUCUUUUAUUUUCAAAGCAACAGAUUUAUUUGUGCAAAGUGCUGAUAGGAUGUGUGUUUGUGUGUGUGUGUGUGAGUGUGUGUGUCUGUUGUUAUUUAAGUACUGAAGCACUGGACUGUAUUGUGUCUAACAUGUAUGUUUUAAACUAAAUGACUUUUAUAUUUA